UCCCGUUGUAGCGACAUGACAUGUUAGCACGUUUAGAGGAUUUAAGCUUCAUGUAGCUUAAAUGCUACAAAAACAAACAGAGAAGAAGCUGCAGCAUGUUAACAGACUGACAGAGAGCAGAGAGUGUGAAGAAGAAGAGGAGGAGGAAAAAGAAGAAGAAGAAAAGUGUUUCUGCUGCAGCUGCUGGAGGACAAACUCUGUCAGGACAUUUAGUUCUUUCUCUGAGCUACUCAACAUUCCUCAGAGUUUCUUCACCAAACACAGAAAAUCUGAUUCUUUGCUCAGACUUCUUAAUUUUCGAUCAUCAUGGCUGCAGCUCUGCUCAGAGGACGAGCAUUGAUCUGUGUCAGAUGUCUCCACAGAAAGUUGUUUCGAGUCAUCUGGAGGCCCCAGAGCGCUUUGUUCAGCUCCAAACCUUCAGACAGAAAACAGCCUCGCAGGACUCACAUCAAAAAAGCCAAACCUCAGCCUCCGAUCGACAUCGCCAAACUCCUGGAGAAGCUCUUCUCCCAGAGGAGGCCAGGCACAGUGCCCUCUACUGCUGUUACCGCUCGACAUGCCAAAGUUUCUUCCACAUCGACCAAGCCUUCUACAACCUUCAUGAGGGAUUCUACCUCAAAUGUUUCUCCAUCGUCAAAGCCAGGACCAUCUGUCUUCCCAUCUCCUUCUAGUUUCAAACAAGCUGUUCCCAACAAGACUACAUUCAACAUUGCAGAGCUGUUCCCUCAGCCAAAAUCUGCAGUGAACCCAAAGACUUUGUUUUCCUCUGAAUCACGUCCACAGCCUAAUCUUAAUGUGGUUCAGGCUUCUGUUGCUGAGGGUCUUCCUCGUGUAACUGUUUAUGCAACCUCAGCUUCUUCUACUGUGUCAUUAGGAUCAGAAGAACCUGCAGCAGAAAUUCAAACAUUAGACAAAACAGUAGAAACAGCUACAGUUCUACCAGUAGAGUCCACCCUAUCUAAUGUAGAACAACUAGAAACUAGAACUUCUGUUGAUGAGGGUCCAUUCAAGCCUUCAAUAGAUGUCCCAGUACAUAAUGCAGCUCAGGAACUGCAAACCAUUUCCAAAGACUCAGGAAUUAUUGACAUUAUACAUGCAACCAGAGUAGAACCUUUAAUAGAAGCUACAAUAGAAUCACCAGCAACUGUAGACGUACUAGAAACUAGAACUUCUGUUGUUGAAGGUCCAGUAGAACCAACAGUAGGUGCAAACGCAAGAGUGUCUUUGGAAGAACCCUUAAGAGAAACUGUAGUAGAAUCAGCAGUAGAGUCCAACCUUCCUUUGGUGGAAAAACCACAAACUAGAUCUCCUGUUGUAGAAAGUUCAGUAGAUCCUGCAAUAGAAGCUACAGUAGAUACAGUAGCUCAAGAAGCCAAACCUGCAGAUUCAGGACUAGUUGAUGCCAAAGGACAGCUUUCAAAAGAAACGGCAAUAGAAUCACCAGUAGAUGCUGCAGUCUCGCAGGAAACAAACAAAACUGAAGUCUUUACGUUGGAGUCGGUGGCUUUAUCAGAAGUGGAAGCCGAAGUCGGACGUCUUGAAAGUGAAGUUCUGCAGGAAAUAUGUGACACGCUUGAGAAAGAAGCCGAUGAUUUAGCAAAAGUGGAGAAGAUAGAAGUGAAGACGGCAGCAGAAGAUGUUGCCAUUUUUGAAACAGAGGCUGAAUUGUCAACAGUGGAUUCUAUUUCUGAAGCCACUGAUGCAAUAGAAGCAGAAACAGCUGUAUUGAUGGAGGCCAUCUUUGGUUCUGAGCAGGGACUAAACCGGUCGACUGAAGCUCCCCUACAACAGGGGCCACAGGAUGAAACUAUAGUUCAGGAGGUGGAGACAGAGUCGACCAAUGUUUUGGAAGCCAUGUCUCUUGAAUCUAUGACUUUGGCUGAAGUUGAGGCCUCGUUGGGAACUCUGGAGAGUGAGACUCUGACUGAAACCACAGGUUAUCUGGAGAAAGAAGCUGAAAUUCAUGCUGGAGAGAAGAAGAUGGAAGUGAAGAUGACAGCAGAACAUGUUGCCAUUUUUGAAACAGAGGCUGAAUUUUCAACAGUGGAUUCUAUCUCUGAAGCCACAGAUGCAAUAGAAGCCAAGACAGCCAUGUUGAUGGAGGCAAUGUUUGGUUCUGAACAGGGACCAAAGCAGCCAACUGACACUCCCCUUCAGGGACUGAAACCACAGGAUGAAACAAUGGGUCAUGAAUCAGAUAAAGAGUCAUUGAACGUUAUGGAAGCCAUGUCUCUUGAGUCUGUGACUUUGGCUGAAGUUGAGGCUUCAGUGGGAACACUAGGAAGCGAAUCUCUGAGUGAAACCAUGGGUUAUUUGGAGAAAGAAUCGGAAAUUCUUGCAGGAGAGGAGAAGUUGAAAAUAAAGGUGAAAGCAGAAGAUGUUGCUAUUUUAGAAACACAUACUGAAUUGUCAACAAUGGAUUCUAUCUCUGAAGCCACAGAUGCAAUAGAAGCCGAGACAGCCGUGUUGAUGGAGGCAAUGUUUGGCUCUGAGCAGGGACCAAAGCAGUCAAGUGAAGCUCCCCUCCAGGAAGUGGGACCAUGGGAUGAAAUUAUGGGUCAUGAAUCAGAUAAAGAGUCAUUGAAUGUUUUGGAAGCUAUGUCUCUUGAAUCUGUGACUUUGGCAGAAGUUGAGGCCUCGUUAGGAACACUGGGAAGCGAAUCUCUGAGUGAAACCAUGGGUUAUCUGGAGAGAGAAGCUGAAAUUCUUGCCGCAGAGCAGAAAAUGGAAGUAAAUGAGGGAAUAGCAUCUAAAGAAGCAACUGAGACCCUAAACCUUGAACCUCUGUCUUUGCCUGAAGCUGAAACUGAAGAUCUGCAGACAAAUGCACUGAUGGAAGAGCUGCUGUUUGCUAUUCCUCAGCACAUAACGGGUGAAACUGGUCAACGAACAAGUCAGGAGGUUGUCACAGUGAACAUUUUGGAUGCAGCUGCCGUGGAUAUAGUGGCUGCAGAAACAGAUGAUAAUCCAACUCCUCCUGUUCUGAAGGAGGUGCUACUGGAACAGGAGGAGGAAGCUACAGGGAAUGAAGAAGAUGUGUCAAUGCACACAGAUUUGGAUCCAGUACAGAGACUCUUCUUGGAGAAGAUCAGAGAAUACAAAAAUCUUUACAGGCUGAAUGGACGACAGUUGGAGGUGGAGCCAGAUUAUGUAAAACACCUGUCAGAGGAAACGGCAAAGCUACAGAGACUUUAUGGAGGAGGAGACCUGACCAGCUUCCCUCAUUUCACCUUCACUGAUCCUGAACUGGACCAAGACUCCAGAUGAUUCAUGGAUGCUCUUUAUGCUCCCUCUUUUUGCUGACUUUUGUCCGACCUCGUCCUCCGUUACCUCCUUGUUUCAGAUGUAGCACGUGUUGAUGAAGAGGAGGAACAUAUACAGGGAUGUUUGU